AUGCGUAAUUGGGUAGCGGAAGCCGAUGAGCAGAUGAAACUGGAGGGAAAGAGUAUUAGCCCAUUUAUGCUGGUCCUUAGUAUCACCCUAAUCUUCCUUCAGAAUUUUGUAGAUUUCUGUAAUUCAUCUUUUACAUUGAAACCAACCCUACAAUCCACGCUUCUGCUUCUUUAAGCAGUAUGUUUUGUGGAACGUCGCAAUAAAAUCAAUUAUCAAGUUCAGAUGCAUCGACUUCUUGCGGUUGUACUGUAGUUCUAACCGGAAAGGAAAAGGAAUUGGGUGUAAGUGGUGGAGAGGAAUUCGGUGAUGGCGGUGGGGUUGCCGCUGGAUUUGCGGGACUUCCUUCUCCGAGCUCGUGUGCUGAGGCUUUAUCGACAAGCUCUCAGGACCAUUCGCAGAGCUCCCGUUGACUCUAGAGCUGAAUUGAGGGAUAUCAUUAGACAAGAGCUGGAAACCAACAGGAAUUGCAAUGACAAACAGAAAAUUCGGUUUUUGAUUAGCGAUGGAUUGCAAAGAUUGAAAGGACUGGAUGAGACGCUCGAUAUGCAAGGCCGUGGCUAAUGUAUGCAAGCUAUGUGCUUUGUACUUUCCUGAUGUGUUCUAUGGGGAAUUGUCACCAUUAUCUUGAAGGCUCAUCAUCUUCUCCUUCCUGUCACAUCCUUUAGACAGAUAAGUCACAAUUGAUAGGUAUGCUCCUCUUCCUCAGAUGAAAGACAUCUUAGUAAAAGCUUUUGCAGAUUGUAGGCCCAUUUCAUUUCUUGAUGCUGGAUGUCAAAGCUUAAUUAGUUUUGGCAGAAAUUGUCAAAGUCAAUUAGUACUAUGCAAUGACAUGUUAGGUCUCUGACCGAUUCUUUGAUGCUGGAUAUCGUACUUCGAACAAUCUCGGUGGUUGUGCCAUGGUAUACAUUUCUCCCCUUGGAACUUUUUCA